AUGUUGGUACAUCUCGAUAAGUCAGCCUCUCAAGUCUUGUCCACCCAACUUUGUUCGAAUUGUCAAAUUAAAGGACAUUUAUCAACUUAUCGGCUGUGCGAUGAGGUGUGCGGAGAACAAAUCGGUCCAGUGAAACGAGUCAAGAUUGUAGCAUGUAAGGGUAAUGCCGAAGCAACUGCACCUCCUGCCUAG